CUUACCUUCGAUGCAGUAAACAUGGCAGCCUGUGCGGAUGAAACUGAAAAAAGCCCCAGUAAAAAUCCUCCUAUCCGUGUUAUCUCUUUGCCUGAUGCAAAAGAAAAAGUGGUUGAAGACAAAAAGCAUUCAUCAGCUAUUUUACUUGGUCUUCACCAAAAUUACAAAGACGAAAAGUUUUGUGAUGUUACACUUGUUUUUGGAGAUAAAGAGAUCAAAGCACAUAAAGUUGUUCUUGCAUCUUCCUCUCGCUAUUUUGAAGCUAUGUUUUCUUCAAACUUUAUAGAUGGAUCCCAGCAAAAGUUGGAAAUUCCGUUGUUUGACAGCAAGAUUGGGACAGCCCUUAUAGACUAUGCUUACACAGGGAAAGUAGAGAUAACAGCUGAUAAUGUGGUGGAAAUACUUGCUGGGGCAAACUUUCUGCAAGGAUUUGACUUCGUAGAAAAGAGUUGCUGUGAUUACCUCAAGUUUCACAUGAGUGACGAGAAUGCCCUUCAAAUACUGCAAGUCGCAGACCAGUUCCACCAGAGCAAACUUAAAGAUCACAUUAAAAAAUAUUGCUUCUUACGAUUUAGUACAUUUGCAGAAAAUAAAGCAUUCCUUAAUAUUCCUUUCAAGCUGUUGAAGGAGGUGUUGAGUGAUGAUCAUUUGCUGGUGGAGAAGAAUGGAGUUGUGUAUCUGGGAAGAAGGCAAGAAGAAUAUUUGCUGGAGAAAGUUCUAGAAUACAUAAAGCACAAUGAAGAAGUUAAUGAAAAAGCUGAACAACUUCUGAAGUGCAUACAUCUUCCACUACUGAAAAAUAAAAAACUACAUGCCUUGAAGUCUAAUGAUGUGCUACAAAGUACAGAGUGUAAAGCUUUAAUAGAUGAGGCUCUUUUGUUGAAGAAAGAGAAGACUUCAAAGUCAGCACAGUUGCAAGAAGAGGAAACUGAUGAGUUGUCUCAGAAAGACUGGACUAAACCAAGGCCAUGUGGAGAGUACCAGUUGUGGAGGGGACGCUGUCUAGCUAAUGGUGAACAAGUUAAUGAUGAAGCUGUUGCUUUCUCUGACAAGGAAAAGAUCAAUGUUCAUAGUGACUAUGUAACUGGAAUGGACUUGUGGAUCCGCAGUUGGGAUGGGCGUCCAGUUAUUGGUGGAAUGAAGAUCUACUACAGCAAUGGUGAAUCCUGUAUGCAUGGAGAUGAAAAGGGAAGCACUAAAGAGGAGUUCAGACUGGAUACAGAUGAGAGAAUUAUAAAACUGGAUUCUCAGAGUGGAUAUAUGAUUGACUGUGUGACAUUUUUUACUAACAAGGAACGUAAACUUGGCCCACAUGGAGGAUCAGGGGGAGGUUAUCGGCAAGAGAAUCCACCCAAUUACCAUGGAUAUCUAGUCUGUGUUGAAGGGAAUGUAGUCAAGUCUCAAGGGAGUUUGGGAAUAACCAAGCUUCAAUUCUUGUGGCGGUUCUUUAGGACUCAUGAUCAAAGUCAUGUUCCAGACUACAUUGAAGCAUACUAUGAUGAAUUUGAUGAAGAUGACUAUGACGACUUCUAUGAUGACUAUGAAGAUUAUGACGAUUAUGAAGGUUAUGACUUUGAAGAUGAUUACGACAUUGAAGAUGAAAACUUUUAUGAUUAUGACCCCACCCCUGACGAUGAUUUUUGGCCUUAGAAAAACAAACAAAAAAGGAGUUAUAAACAUGCAUAAAGUAGUUCAAUUGGUAAUUCACAGAGCAUUAAUUACUAUUUUUGCUCAAAUUAUCAUUUUCUUGCUGUACAAUUUAUAAUUUCAAUAAACAUUUUGCUUACCAUACGAAUAAUAGCAUUUGAAUUCAUCAAAAAUUUAACCAUAUCUAGAACACUUUGGACAUGGAUAUGUUAUGAUAUUGAUAACUAUAUAAACAGUUUAAAAAACUAUGAUAAGUAAUUAUAGAUAAUUUAGACGUACGCCAGUAAUAAUUACAAUUAUUGUAAAUGAUUAACGCUAUUGUUCCUGUUAAUCAUUAUAGUUUCAUGCAUAAUAUCUGAUAAGAAUUGGUGGCAUUGAUAAUUAUGUCCAUACAUUGGCUUUUGUUGUAUUAAAUUGCAGGGGUUUA